AAAAAAAAAAAGAAAAGAAAAAAUCUCAAUUCAUGCCUUCGACAGGUACUAGCCACCCUGCAAAUUUUCACAAACACCUUCAUCGAAUUAUCAAGAGAGGUACUUCUAGAAAUCGUUAGGUUUUAAUUCUUCUAUUUGAAGGCAUUUUAUAAUGUUUCAGUAGCCUUUAUAACCUUUUUUAUGGUAAAUCACCAAAUCAAUAUGUAAUUAUUUCAAAUGCAAGGGGAGCUGAGUGAAAUUUGCAUAAACACUAGUGGAGGUUUGUGAAAUUAUUCCUAUAAAGCGAUAAGAACAAAAAUCUUGCAGUCCCACUUGUUUUGAAUGCUGUAGAUGGCAGAAAAUCAAAUGAAUCUUUGUUCUCCAAUCCAAUGCUUGAACAUGGCAAUUGGCAAAAACAGAGGAUCAUGACCUUAUGGGCGUGUUUUUCCACUUCAAGCAGAUUUCACACAAACGGUGGGAAAUUACAAGCGAAGACCACCGAGUGGGGCUGAGAAAUCCAGCCAAUCCUGUUCCAGUCAAUAUUGUGUAGCCAAAUUGUUAACGUAGCCAAGGCAAGGCCAUGGGGCCUAUUUUGGAAGCUUCUUUUCACUGACACGGCACAUAUAUAAGAAGAGAAGACCAUCCGAGAAAUGUCGCAAUUGGAUUUUAACAUGUUGCCAGAAGACUGCGCUUCCACAAUUUGCUCCCUCACAUCUCCUGAAGAUGCAUGCAGGUUGUCCAUGGUUUCUUCCAGUUUCCGAUCAGCUGCAGAAUCAGAUUUGGUCUGGGAGAGAUUCUUGCCAUCUGAUUACCGAGAUAUCCUAGCAAGAACCCUCAAACCCCUCAAGUUCUCUUCCAAGAAAGAGCUCUUUUUUCUGUUUUCUGAAUCUAUCCUCUUAGAUGGAGGUAAACAGAGCUUUGCAUUAGAAAAAUCAAGCGGUCGAAAAUCAUUCACACUAUCUGCAAGAGAGCUUUCUAUUUUGCAUGGCAAUGAAUCAAACCAUUGGUGCUGGAAAUCCUUGACAGAAUCAAGGUUUGCCGAGGCGGCUGAGCUGAAAACAACAAAUAGGAUAGAAAUCGAAGGCAAGAUAAGAACACAGAUGUUGUCUCCUAACACAACUUAUGGUGCUCAUCUCAUCAUGAAAAUUUCCAGUCAAUCAUUUGGGCUUGACUGUAUUCCAUCAGAAAUUUCUGUCAACGUAGGUGAUAAUGUGGUAACAAAUACAGCAUACUUGCGCCCAAAGGAUGAAACGAAGCAGCAAAUGCAGAGCCUGUUUUACGCGAAUCGCGUGCAGAUGUUAAAGAUGAGGGUGAAUGAAGGUGAUGAAAGAUUGCCAGUUGAAAGAAAGGAUGGAUGGAUGGAAAUUAAUCUGGGGGAGUUCUUUAGUGGUGCGGUUGAUGAAGAGAUCACAAUGAGUUUGAUGGAAAUUAAGGGUCAUCAGUUGAAGGGAGGACUCAUCAUAGAAGGCAUUGAAGUUAGGCCGAAAAACUAGCACAUUUGUUCUGGUGCAACUUGGUUCUCUUUUCAAGUGUUAAAUUUUGGGCAUUGUUCUGUUUGUCUAGGUAAGGAUUUGAAAGACACAAAAAAGCAGAGGGAGCUUGUUUUAUAAUAUCUACAGGGCAUCCUUUUUCCGGCUUUCAUAUGGAGCUUGUACAUAGAAGUUAAAUCAAUCAGAUGAAAUUUAAGGAACCAUUUGAAAAUCUA